UGCUUGAAAGACCGAAAAUGACAACCGGACCAGUUAAAAGAAAGAUAGGGUCGGGCGAUUCAAAGAAGGGGAUGCUCAUUACUGAUUUUUUCCAAAUGUCAAAACCUGCUGCUAAAAAGAGUAAGAUUGAACGUACUGACACCAAGAUUGAACGAUCCGAAGCUGGUGCUGUAUUGAAAGAAAAGGUUGAAGUAGCGGAAAGUGCUGCAACAACUCAAGAUGGAUCCAAAGAAGAAGAACCAAUACCAAUUAAAACAUCAAACGAAAAAGUUGCCUCGGAUGAGCCAACAGAAGACGACUAUACCGACUUUUGUAAAAAACAUAAUUUCAAUAAAGAAGAAUGGGUAGCUUCACUCAAUGCCGAAGAAAAACAAUUACUACAACUAGAAAUCCACACCUUACAUAUAACAUGGCUCGUAUUUCUUCAUAAAGAACUUACAAAACCAUACUUUCUCAAACUAAAGAAAUUUCUAGCCCUUGAGUCUCGAUCCGGUAAAACCAUCUUCCCUCCUUCCAAUAAGGUGUAUUCCUGGUCUCAUUACACCCCAUUGCCCAAGAUCAAGUGUCUUAUACUCGGCCAGGAUCCAUAUCACAAUCACAACCAAGCCCAUGGAUUGGCCUUUUCAGUUCUCAACCCAACCAAGCCUCCUCCAUCCUUGGUCAACAUCUACAAAGCAUUGAAGAUCGACUUCCCCAACUUUGAAAUCCCAAAAAGCGGCGACCUAACCAAUUGGGCAGAAAAGGGGAUUCUCAUGCUUAAUGCAGUGCUAACCGUUGAGGCCCAUAAAGCAAAUAGUCACGCCAACCAAGGAUGGGAAACCUUCACCGAAGAAAUCAUCAAAACCGCAAUCAACUACUUCACCAAGGAAAAGUCCUCCGGCUUUGUCAUUAUGGCCUGGGGGUCCCCGGCCCAAAAAAGAGUUGGCAAAUUUGGCAACCUUCUUUCCCAAAAAUUCAUGGUCAUCAAAUCGGUCCACCCUUCGCCCUUGUCUGCCCACCGUGGCUUUUUCGACCUGAAUGUCUUCAAGAAAUGCAACGAAUGGCUCCAACUGAACCACCUAAACCCCUUGGACUGGGGGUUAAUCAACGGUAAUGUAGUUAAGUAGUCGAAUAAAAACAUCCGUACAGUUUCCUUUUAGAUCAUAUCGCG